UGCACAGAGCACAACCUGGCAUGGAGAUGACCUGUGCUUUAGUUUAGGUAUUGUGGUUUAAAGAAAUCAACCCUGGUGUAAGGGUUCCGCCUGGGUAGGGGACACACACACACACAUACAGAGCAUUAGAGCAGUCUGAAAGUUAGUGAGAAGCUGUAAUGUGCUGUGUACACUCUCGUCAGAGCUGCCCAUGCGGGUAAGUGGGAAUAAAUAUGUAAUGAGGACGUCAAGCUUGAGCCAGGAUCAGCAGUGAAUAAAUGUGUUUCAGACUUUUAGCUGAGUGACGUGUGGAGCCAUGAGGCUGCCGUGCUGGUUAGAGGGACGCAGGCUCUCUGUAGUCUCAUGGCUGCUGCUCCUGCUCUGCUGUCCUUCUGUUUCUAUCCGUCCCAGAUCCUCUCAUCCCCAUGAGCCACACAGACACACGCACAAACGGGAAAACAUUACAUUGGCUGUUAUUCUGCCAAAGGACAAUACCUUAUACCCGUGGGCCUGGCCACGUGUCGGACCUGCUCUACUACGCGCAAUAGCACUCAUCAACGCCAACUCUUCGCUCCUGCCUAGGUACCGACUGCGGCAUGUUUUUAAUAACAGCGAGAAUGCUGAUGGUAUUUGCUCCGAGUCUGUAGCUCCAUUAAUGGCUGUGGACCUGAAGUUCACUCAUGAGCCGUGGGCUUUCAUUGGCCCAGGCUGCGACUACACAGCCUCUCCUGUGGGUCUCUUCACCACACACUGGGGUCUACCCAUGAUCACGGCAGGGGCCCCAGCAGUCGGCUUCCUCCGUGCUGAGGUCUACACCUCCAUUACUAACACAGGCCCUACGCAUAAAAAACUGGGUGAGUUUGGCCUUCAUGUAUGUAGACAUUUUGGCUGGACCCAGCAUGCCCUGUUGAUGUUUGGAGACAGCAAAAUGAGUGAGCGCGAGUGCUAUUUUACCAUCGAGGGUCUUUACAUGGAGUUGCGGGAUGCCAACAUCACCACCGCGGACCUUGUGUUUGAGGAGGACAGCAGGCCCAUCAACUACUCCGACCAUCUGAAUAAGAUAAAAGAAGAGGGCAGAGUGGUGUUUGUAUGCUGUCAUCCGGAUAUCUUUCGACAGCUAAUGGUGAACUUCCAUAAGGCAAAUCUUCCUCAGGAGGAGUUUGUCUUCAUCUACAUUGAUGUCUUUGGACGCACCGUGGCGUCACAACCUGCACAGCCUUGGGCCAGAGGAGACGCUGACGAUGACCUCGCGAAAGAAGCAUACCGGAGUGUGAAAAUCAUGACCUACAGAGAGCCACAGAAUCCCGAGUAUAAAGACUUUGUCAGUGAUCUGAAAGCAAAUGCUAAGAAGAUGUUCAACUUCACAGUGGAGGACUCUCUGAAGAACAUAAUAGCUGGAGGCUUCUAUGAUGGCCUAAUGCUGUAUGCUCAUGCGCUGAAUGAGAGUUUAGCAGACAGUCAGGGCCGACUGUCGAGAGAAAGUGUCACCAAAAGGAUGUGGAAUCGAACAUACUAUGGUGUGACUGGACUCGUGAAGAUCGAUGAUAAGGGAGACAGAGAGACUGACUUUGCUUUCUGGGACAUGACUGAUACCAACUCCAGUAUCUUUGAGAUUGUGGCUGUGUACAAUGGUACAAAGAAACAAAUGGAGACGCUGCCUGGCAUGGCCUUCUACUGGCCAGGAGGCAUCGUUCCCCCUGACAUGCCUUUCUGUGGUUUCAAGAAUGAUAAGCCUGCAUGUCUCGCACGGACCAUCACAAUGCACCAGAUGGUGUCCAUUGUUGUGUUCUUUAUCCUUGUCAUCAUCUUUACUAUCACCAUCUUCAUAUACAGGAAGCUGAAGUUGGAGAAGGAGCUGGCAGCUCAGCUCUGGCGGAUCUUCUGGGAGGAUUUGCACAUGAGCAAUCUGGAGAAGGUGCUGCGCAGUGCGGGAAGCAAACUGACCCUCUCUGUGCGAGGAUCAAACUACGGCUCUCUGCCGACUGCUGACGACAACUUCCAGAUGUUUGCUAAGACUGCCUACUUUAAGGGAAACAUUGUGGCUAUCAAAUUUGUCAACAAGAAACGCAUCGAACUGACCAGGAAAGUGCUGUUUGAACUGAAGCAUAUGCGGGAUGUGCAGAACGAUCAUUUAACUCGCUUUAUUGGGGCGUGCAUUGACCCUCCCAACAUCUGCAUAGUCACAGAGUACUGCCUGCGAGGCAGUCUGCAGGAUAUUCUGGAGAAUGAGAGCAUCACACUCGACUGGAUGUUUAAAUACUCUCUGAUCAAUGACAUUGUCAAGGGAAUGGCUUUCCUUCAUAACAGUGUGAUUGUAUCCCACGGUAAUCUGAAGUCCUCAAACUGUGUGGUGGAUAACCGCUUUGUGCUGAAAAUCACUGACUAUGGCUUAUCAAGCUUCAGGUCUGAAUCCAACUGUGAGGAUGCUCACUCCUACUAUGCAAAGAAGUUGUGGAUGGCUCCAGAGCUGUUGAGGAUGGGCAGCCCUCCUGCAGGUGGCACACAGAAAGGAGAUGUCUACAGCUUUGGCAUCAUCCUGCAGGAGGUGGCACUGCGCAGAGGCGUCUUCUACAUAGACGGAGAGACACUCAGCCCUAAAGAGAUAGUGGACCGUAUGGCUCUGGGUGAGUGGCCGUACCUACGGCCAACUGUGAACACCCAGGCGCACAGUGAGGAGUUGGGGCUCCUGAUGCAGCGUUGCUGGGCAGAGGAGCCUGCAGAGAGGCCAGAGUUCAGCCACAUUAAAGUACUUCUGUGCAAACAGAACAGGGAGCACAGCAGGGAUAUCCUGGAUAACCUGCUCUCUCGGAUGGAGCAGUACGCUAAUAAUCUGGAGGAGCUGGUGGAAGAGAGGACGCAGGCUUACCUGGAAGAGAAACGCAAAGCAGAAGCCCUACUCUACCAGAUACUGCCCCACUCAGUGGCAGAGCAGCUGAAGAGGGGGGAGACCGUGCAGGCUGAGGCUUUUGACUCCGUCACCAUCUACUUCAGUGAUAUUGCGGGCUUUACUGCCCUGUCUGCUGAAAGCACACCACUGCAGGUGGUGACUCUCUUAAAUGAUCUCUACACUUGUUUUGAUGCGAUUAUAGACAACUUUGAUGUUUACAAGGUGGAGACAAUUGGUGAUGCCUACAUGGUUGUCUCUGGGCUGCCAAUGCGUAAUGGGAAGAUGCACGCGUGUGAGAUUGCUCGCAUGUCCCUGGCUCUGCUUGAAGCCGUCAAAACAUUUAAGAUUCGUCACCGGCCGGACCAGCAGCUCAAACUGCGCAUCGGCAUCCACAGUGGUCCCGUAUGUGCUGGUGUAGUAGGGCUAAAGAUGCCUCGGUACUGUUUAUUUGGAGACACAGUGAACACAUCAUCACGCAUGGAGUCCAAUGGCGAGCCCUUGAAGAUCCAUGUGUCAUCGGCCACAUAUGAUGUACUCCAGGAAUUUAACUACUUCCAGCUGGAGCUGAGAGGAGAUGUGGAAUUGAAGGGCAAGGGCAAAAUGAGGACCUAUUGGCUGCUGGGAGAGACAAAGAGCAGUGAGUAAACGGAGUCAGGUGCUGAGCAGGACCCAGACAGGGCACCUAAAUCCCUGAUGCCAGGACAGUGCUCCCCCCCCCUCUUUUGCACAGUCCUCCACCUGUAUUCCAACAUACAGCAUUGUUGGAGUCGAACUCUGGCUUUUGUACUGAUGGAGAAACUAAAAUAUUUUGUACACUGUGAUCAGCAUUUGUUGAUAUUUUGCUUUUAUAAAUGAAACCUGUAAUGCCAUUAAGAUUCUGAGUGGACAUGUAAUCCCAUUAAACACAUCUAGUAGUGUAUCCGUAUGUCAACGUUCUGAGGUGUUUUACAGGAUGGGUGCCGUCUGAGUUUGUUGCUCUGUAUUACUGUCAUUUACAGGAUAGGAAGUCUCUUCAGUUUAAUUGGAAUUUUGUCCUAAUUCAAAUUUGUAAUGUGAAAAUGAUGAUCGGUUAUGCUAGUAUAUCAUUUAUGUAGCUGUUAAGACUUUGUGCUUGUUCAUUCUUCUUCUUUGACAGUAAAUCUAAAUUAAUUCUCCAUAUCUCAAUUUUUCAAGAUUGAACAAUUUUUAAGAGAAUCAUUUGACAACGCUUACACAGUGAGCAGAAAGGGUUAGGAAAUGUUUAGAUAUAUUUACAUCUGAAAUACCUGAAACACUCUUACACUCACAAUAUUUUACAAAGUGCCAUUUGUUUUAUAUAUAAAAAAGAAAUGAAAUGCUGAGCAAUAUAUGUUUUAAUAUUGAUGUUUCAGAGUAGAAUCUGUUCUGAAUAAUAAUUUUUAAAAAAAAAUCACAAAGUGGUACUUGUUCCAGAUGGAAUCCAGCACAUUCAGAUUUUAACCCCAGACUAUCAACCAAUUGUUAUUUUACGAAUGUAAGAUUUGCCUGAUUUUUAAUAUGCUUUUACAAUGUGUCUCAUUAAAAGUCCCAUC